CAGAGGGCCGCUGGCAUGCUGUAAGCCGGAGCUUCAGAUGGUUCUGGAGAAGAGGAAGAGAGAGCAGACCCAGAGACAGGAGGGAGAGCAGAGCAGGAGUCCUCUAGAGCAGGUGCUGCUCGAACGCCAGCACAAACAUCAGGAGACGAUGAAGGAGAAGGAGGAGGAGCAGAGGCUGCGUGAGGAGGCGCAGCUCCUGGAGUUUGUCCGAGUGAGACAGAACCUGAGGAAGGUCCACACAGCUCUACAGAAGACCCUUCACUCCUCAAUCUGACACAGUUCACAGUGUUUCAGUAGAUUCAUUAGUAUGUUAUUAAAUUAUUUACAGUCUGUUACAGUUCACUUCUUUUCAUAGAAGUCUGUAAUAAUGAAUUAAUAAUGUUAAAACACACCCAUGGUAAUCUUAAAAUACCAUUAGCUGUUAUAAUAACAAUUACUGAUAGUAAUUCUGUCAAACUAUACAUAAUCUGCUGCAAUCAUUCUGUCAUUUUUGUAAAACCUGAAAGGUCAUUAAAUAAAAAACAAUUCUACAUUU